CUUAAUAAAUAUCCCACGCGACCCACACACACGAAAUAUAAAUAGAUAGAUACGAUAAAAUAUAAACCCAAAUUACCCCAACAACAUAGUUAGGUACACUCACUUCGCCGCAUCUUCCCCACUGCCACUAUAGUCUCAUUCAUUCUGUCUCCAUUAAGAUUAAAUUUGUGGUGUGAUCUGUUUUUGGUUUCUCUGUAUUGUUGAGCUGGUGAUAGAUGCUGUUGUCGUAGUUAUUUACUAAGAAUUAGUAUUUUUUUUUUCUGGGGUAGUUUUGUGGUAGAAAAGUUAGAAUUUUUGUAGGAAAAUGGCGGGUUGUUCAUCAAAUUUCGGGGUGGCUCGAGUUGUAACUGUGGGGAAAGAAACUGGUUUGGGGAAGAAUGUAAAUCAAUAUUCAAGUUUUAGUAGUUUGAGUUUCAGGAGUGCGAUGUUGUUGAACGAGGCUGCAUUUCCAUCAAUUUGUGUGAACAAGUGUGGUGGUGGAUUAUAUUUGUCUAAACAAAAGAAACAAACAUUUUUGACCAUGUGUAUGUCGCAGCCGCCGGCUGAGUCGCAGCCUGCUGUAAGUACUAUAGAAUUAUCGGAAGGGGGAGGUGAUACUGUUGUGGGAAAGGAACAGAAAAUUUUCGAUAGUGAGUCAGAUUCCAAGAGUGUUGGAAAUGAUAGUAAUGGAGUUGUGUUUGAUGGUAGUGGUGGUAAUGGAAGCUUUGGAAGUGGUGGAGCGGGAGAUGGGGGUGAUGGUGGCAGUGGUGGUGGUGGUGAUGAUGACGAUAAAGAAGAGGGGGAAUUUGGGCCAAUGCUAAAAUACGAUGAGGUAUUGAGAGAGACGGAGGCACGUGGUGUUACCCUUCCUUUUGAUAUGCUGGAGGCUGCUAAGACUGUGGGAAUCCCGAAGUUGCUUCUGCUUAGAUAUUUGGAUUUAGAGGGAUCUUUUUGGCCCUUAGGAUUUGCCAUGAGAUCAUGCUCUAUCCUUCGCAAUCGAAUGCUGGCUGAUCCAGCAUUUCUUUUCAAAAUUGGCUCAGAGAUCGUAAUUGAUUCUUGUUGUGCCACUGUUGCUGAAUAUCAAAAGAGAGGCAAAGACUUUUGGAAUGAAUUUGAGUUGUAUGUUGCAGAUCUUCUUGUUGGGACAGUUGUUAAUGUUGCUUUAGUUGGAAUGUUGGCACCUUAUGCUCGAAUUGGAAAACCAUCAAUAUCUAAGGGAUUCCUUGGUAAUAUGCAGAAAGCUUAUGCAGCUUUACCUAGCAGUGUAUUUGAAGCUGAAAGACCAGGAUGUAGAUUUUCUGUGCAGCAGAGACUUGGAACAUACUUCUUCAAGGGUAUAAUGUAUGCAGGUGUUGGAUUUGGAUGUGGUAUUAUAGGCCAAGGCAUUGCAAACAUGAUCAUGACUGCAAAGCGGAACAUAAAGACAUCAGAGGACGACGUACCUGUACCACCUCUUUUGAAGAGUGCUGCUCUUUGGGGUGUGUUCCUUGGGGUAUCUUCAAACACGCGAUACCAGGUCAUCAAUGGACUGGAAUGUUUGGUAGAAGCAUCGCCAAUGGCAAAACAGGUUCCACCAGUUGCUCUGGCUUUCACAGUUGGUGUGCGUUUUGCCAACAAUGUUUAUGGUGGCAUGCAGUUUGUUGACUGGGCUAGGUGGAGUGGAGUACAAUAGUUUCUUCAAUUAUCUUGUUUUGUAAUGUGUUGUAGUCUUGUAGAUGUAAUUUUCUAGCCAUAAAUUUUCUUGAGGUUGAAGCAUAAAUUUCUACCUCCGGUUCAUGGACCUAUAAUGACCAAAGAUUAAGGGUGCGUGGAUUGGUUUAGAAAGGUUUUAGGCAAUAAAUUUAGAGGAUGAGCAUUUGUUCCCUCUAUUUUGGUAAUUAACCUUAAUGAUGAAGUCUACUGUUUUUUUGUCUUAA